AUGGCAUCAAAAGAAAAACACACUUUUUAUUAAGAGCCUAGUUUUUAAUUCUUCGUCAAGAAAGGCCUAAUAAAAUAGAACAAUAGAGGAUAGGUCUUUCCUAUUUUCACAUAUCGUGUUAAUAGUCAACCGUCCCAAUCAAAAUAUAUUGAACUUAAAGUAUUUCCCUCAAAGAUUGCAAAGAGAUCAAAAUUCCAAUAAGAUAGUCCAUCUCCUUUUGUGAUUACAAAUAUACCAAAAAAAAAUACGGUUUACCAGUCAUACAUUGACAACAUAGUUAAGAGAAAAUUGAAGGAUAAACCAGAAAGUCCUAAGAAAUACUGCAAUUCUAUACAUGAAAUUUAGGGGAAACAAAUUGAAACUGUAAAAGACUGUUUCCUUCCCAAACUCCAAUGUCUAAAUAGCAAACCGUAGAGGUUGAAGUAUCGUCAUUCGUUGCCAAAACAAGAUAUCUAUACUGAACCUAAUCCUGAGCAAGAUCCUUCAGAUAGAUUGUAACCAUGGGAUUCAAGUUAAAAAUCAUUUACUCUCUAAUGA